AUGAGCGCAUGGAAUGACGCAUGUAAAUAUGGUGGGAGGAGUCGGGUUUGGAUCCCUCGAGGCACAUUCUUGUUGGGCUCUGUUCUGUUUGAAGGCGACUGCAAUGGGUCGAUGGCCUUUCUCAUCAAAGGGACCCUCAAGGCCCGUACGGGCGGCCCAAACCUGUUCGCCGACACGUGGAUAGGUUUCCGUUACGUAGCCAAUCUCACCGUCAAAGGCGGCGGGAUUUUAGACGGCCAAGGGCCCACCGCGUGGGCCUACAACGACUGCCGCAACAACUCCCGGUGCCUCCCUCUUCCCGCCACGCUGAGAUUUGACUUCGUAAGAGACUCGAGCGUGUACAAUAUCCGGUCGGUGGACAGCAAAAACGCGCACAUCAACCUGUUCGCGUGCGACAACGUCCACGUCAGCAAGGUCCGGCUGCGGGCCCCGGCCGACAGCCCGAACACGGACGGCAUCAGAAUCGGGAGCUCGACUCGAGUCAGCAUCUCCCACUCACGAAUCAGCACUGGGGACGACUGCAUAUCCAUGGUCUCGGGAAGCCAAAACAUCGACAUACACGACGUCUCGUGUGGGCCCGGCCACGGCAUAAGUGUCGGGAGCUUAGGGCGCAGCCACGAGCGCGAGUACGUGACGGGAAUAACCGUACGAAACUGCAGCUUCAUAGGGACGGAUAACGGGGUACGAAUCAAGACGUGGGCCCCGUCUAGGUACAGCGUGGCGUCGAACAUUGUUUUUCGAGACAUUGUCAUGGAGAAUCCGAGAAAUCCGAUUGUUAUUGAUCAAAAGUUUUGCCCGUCGUCUCCAGAUUGUGAUUCCAAGGUUGGGUCGAGCUCGGCUGUCCAGAUUAAGGACGUGACUUUUCAAAACAUAUGGGGCGUUUCGAGUAGUAAAGUUGCGCUCAAGUUGCAGUGCAGUCGAGCUAUGCCGUGUAGAAAUAUCAAGCUUAUCGACAUUGUUUUGGUUUACAGUGGGCCUGGGAGAAGGGCGACUGCUCAGUGUUCUCAUGUUAUUGGGUCUUCCUAUGGAAGGCUCAUUCCUAAUGGCUGCUUAUAG